AUGCCUGAGAUAACCGAAUACUCGUCCGGCUCCCCAUCCUGGGCCGACCUGCUCUGCAAAAACGGGCCGGCCGCCAAGGACUUCUACACCAGCCUCUUCGGCUGGACCUGCGACGAUCAUCCUGCCGGUCCCGACAUGGUCUACACCAUGUUCUCCCACGACGGCGUUCCCGUCUGCGCCUCAGCUGAACCCGGUCCCGGCCAGGAAAACCUGCCUCCCCAUUGGAGCGUCUACGUGACCGUUGACGACCUGGACGCUGCCGUAGCCCGAGUCCGCGACGCCGGCGGUACCGUGCUGAUGGAACCCUUCGACGUGAUGGACGUCGGCCGCAUGUCGAUCAUCCAGGACAAGGAAGGCGCAUUCCUCCGCCUGUGGUAUCCACUAAAGCACGCCGGCGCCGGCAAGAUGCACGAGCCCGGCGCCCUCUCCUGGUUCGAGCUGGCCACGACCGACACCGAGUCCGCUUCAACCUUUUACACUCAGGUACUACAGGCCGAAGCUGGACCCGACCCCAACACUGACUUUCCUUACACCCUCCUCAAGGUCUCAGGCAUACAGAUCGCCGGCAUCAUCCAGAUUGGAGACGACUGGGGCCCGGUACCGCCAAACUGGGGCGUUUACUUCGGCGUAGAUGAUGUGGAUGCCGUCGCCGCCAAAGCUGGGGAGCUCGGUGGCGGGGUCAUCGUAGAACCCCGCGACAUCGAGGAUUUCGCCCGAUUUGCCGUCCUCAGGGACGCCGAAGGAGCCGUGUUCAACAUCCUGCGCGUCAACGAGUGGUGA